ACAACAUUUUAUGCGCGCUUCAAGUUGAGUAUAUAUGCAACAGAAGUCCAACUUUCACCAUUUGCCAUCACUUCCAUCAAUAAACACAACAAGCACCACACAGAAUUCCCUGCAGACACCUCUGCUACACAACGCUUCACGUUUCCUGAUGGGUUUCAUUCUUGCCACUUCGACACCAAGGCACCUAUUGGACAAAGGCAAAAGAUUGAAGACAUAAUUAUGCGGAUGCAGGAUGAGAAGGCAGGAGGGGUGGCCAUCCGCACUGUCAAAAGCUUCCUGUCCAAGAUCCCCAGUGUGGUAUCAGGUGACAAGCUUUGUGUGUGUGUGGGAGCAGACAUUGUGCAGUGGCUGAUGAAAAACCUGUCCAUUGAGGACCCAGCCGAAGCCAUCCAUUUAGGGAGCCUGAUCGCUGCCCAGGGCUACCUCUUCCCCAUCUCCGACCACGUUCUCACUCUCAAAGAUGAUGGGACCCUGUACCGCUUCCAGGCUCCAUACUUCUGGCCCUCUAAUUGCUGGGAACCUGAAAACACAGAUUAUGCCAUUUACCUGUGCAAGCGUACCAUGCAGAACAAGGCCAGGCUGGAGCUAGCUGACUACGAGGCUGAGAACCUGGCCCGACUGCAGCGGGCCUUCGCCAGGAAGUGGGAGUUCAUCUUCAUGCAAGCUGAGGCGCAGGUCAAGAUCGACAGGAAGAAGGACAAGGCUGAGAGGAAGAUCCUGGACAGUCAGGAGAGGGCUUUCUGGGACGUUCAUCGCCCUGUGAAACUGACUGUCUCACAGCCAGGCUGUGUGAACACCACAGAGAUGGACAUUCGCAAGUGCCGGAGAGAGAAGAAUCCCCAGAGGGUGAAAAGGUCGGUGUAUGGGCUAACGGAUGACGCUCAGACACGGAGUCCCGUCCACCAGUCCAUCCCAUCCCAGCCGGCCAAGAAGCCCACCAAAGAAGACGUGCAGAAGGAGAUUUCCUUCCUGAAUAUUCAGCUGGACAGACACUGUAUGAAAAUGUCCAAAGUGGCAGACAGCCUCAUGAGCUACACAGAACAGUUCAUGGUCUACGACCCUUUGACUUCAACCACUGAACCCUCCAACCCCUGGAUCAGCGAUGACACAACCUUCUGGGACCUAGAGGCUAGCCGGGAUCCCAGCCAGCAUCGUGUGAAGAAAUGGGGCUUCUCUCUGGAAGAGGCCCUCAAGGACCCAGCGGGUCGUGACGCUUUUCUCAAGUUCCUGGAGUCAGAGUUCAGCUCAGAGAAUCUCCGGUUCUGGUUGGCUGUGCAGGACCUGAAGCGGAGGCCCCUGGAGAAUGUGGCAGCCAGAGCCCAGGAGAUCUGGCAGGAGUUCCUGGCAGAGGGUGCGCCCAGCUCCAUCAACCUGGACUCCCACAGCUAUGAGCGCACCAGCUAUAACCUCAAAGACCCCGGACGAUACAGUUACGAGGAUGCACAGGAGCACAUAUUCAAAUUGAUGAAAAGUGACAGCUACGCACGCUUCCUGAGAUCCAACAUCUAUCAGGACCUCUUGCAAGCCAGAAAGAAGCUGUCCCAGACAGAGAGUGAACAGGGACGCCGUACCUCCCUGGAGAAAUUCACCCGCAGUGUGGGCAAGUCAUUGACGGGCAAACGGCUGACAGGGCUGAUGCAGUCAUCCUGACACCGUCUGGGGUGGAGGGGCACAGACACCCCUGCAUGGGCGGUUACCGAGCGGGGAGAGGGGCGCUGUUAGGAUGGGAAGCUGUGCUCUGGAGGGUCCCAGACACUACCAUGCAGUGCUGGGGUCAGGACUACUCACAGAGCCACAGAGGAAUGGCCUACACCAGCGAGGGGAGACCUUGACACCCAUGUACACAUUACACACAGGCACACCCAUUCACUGUAGGGCUACGGGAUCCAACAGUCCCAGGAGGGUAUAAAUAGAUUUACAGCAUCGUCUGCCCUCGCUAGGCAGUCAGCAAUAAGGACUGCAGGAUAACACCUUUAUGUUCUGUAUUUAAUACAUCUUGUUUUUAUAUAUUUAUCUAUUUAUCUUAGUCUAAAUCUAUAUCAUAUUUUUUCUUAUACAGUGUAUAAUCUUAUUUACUGAUGGACACUAUUAUUUUUGCAAUGAUUGGGAAUAUUUCUUUGUUUGCCCAUAAAUGGAAGGUAUUAUAUCCGCUGCUACGAAAGAGCAGAUACAUGAUUUGAGGGGAAUUCUCCAUGCUUCAUUACAUUCCAAGUAGGCAUAAGGGCUUGAUAGUCUACACAGAAUGAUAACACAUUUCUUCAGAUUGUGUUGUAUUGUUGUAUUUGUAUUUAUUCAAAGCAAAACAUGAAGUCAAACUGAGGUCAAAGCCUGUUUGUUUUAAAUGAGACAUGACCAAAAAAGCUCUGUUUUCAACACAAUCAUGCUCUCUUGAAUAGCCACCACUGAUCACUACAGAUAGAUACAAAGCUUGAAACUCCAGUUCCUUUUGGACAAUGUUACAACACUGUUGAAGAUUUCAGCCUUAUUUACUUUUUUUUUUUCACUGCACCAUACACAUUUCUUUAUUACUGUGCACCUAUCCAAGCGAUACAUGCCAAAUAAACACCACAUCUGAUCAGUCACAGAGCAACUUAAGUGACAUUCACAUGCCUUACUGGUCUCUAAUUAAGACAGCCCUGAAUGACUACAAGUGACAUUGCACUGCCAUCCAAUGCAGAUUAAACACGAUAUACAACACAACUGACAUGGCUAUGGCAGGAGUAUGUCUUUAGAUGUAUACAACACAACUGACACGGCUAUGGCAGGAGUAUGUUUUUAGAUGUAUACAACACAACUGACACGGCUAUGGCAGGAGUAUGUCUUUAGAUGUCAAAAUAUCAUCCUGCUAUCAAAGGGAUCCUACUGAUAUCUUGCCCAACAGACCAAAAUAUGCUGUUCAAUAUUGUACUAGCCUUUCUGUUGCAUGAGUUUCAGUGUAAACCAGUACAUACUCGGUCAAUAACCCAUAGUCCAGUCUUAUGAGACGUGUGUGUCACGUGUGUUGCGAACCAUUGUUGUGUUUGCUAAAAGGUGUGCAUGCUUAUUGGGGGAAAUGCUGGGUGAAAUGGAGUUGAGUGUGUGCGCUGGGGACAUGGCCAGCCCUAGGCAUAAGCAACAUAAGUGGCUGUUUAGGGCCCCCGACUGCCUAGGGAGCCCUGGAUCACUAAGUGAGACGGGGCUCCCAAAUCAAUUUUGCUUAGGGCCCCCAGUAGGCUAGGGCCGACACUGGCUGGGGAGUUCACAUGCACAGCCACCCAGCAGGUUUCUUCGUUUGUCUAGUAUCUUCACAAUCAAAAAGGAAAUGCCCUUUUUUGAUCCUCACCGCUGAACAGAACUGGAGCAUCACUACUGAAUGGACAGAAACUCAUGGAAUGACAUCCACAACCACCCCUGGUACUGGAAUAUACAAGAUUCAUGUGAAGGCCUCUGCUGUGUCCCUCUAUAGCACGUCCUGAUAAAAUAGGGUGUUUUUCACAGCACAACAGCUCCCUCGUCUGGUUAGGGGGGCGUAAUGAUCAACUGCCAGAAACAAUAUUACUUAAGACAAAUAUUGAAUGAUAGAUUUAUUAAACUUUUUUAAUAUGAUUUUGGGAUUAGAGUUACUGCCAUGCAUUGUACAGGUUGAUAUUUACAGUACAUGCUUAUCCUAAACUGAUAACAUUUGGCUGUAACAUAGAGAUGCUUAAUUUAUUGACUAGUAAAGAAUAUUGUCUGCACAAACACAAUAGCACUAUGUAGGUACGGAGUGCAUUGUAUACUAAUUGACUCUUUAGGAUUUCCAUUAUCUAAAAGCACCUUUAUUGGUAUAGGCACAUUACUAUGCAUGUAACAUAUCCAGGGCAUUUGUGCUUCUAGUUUGUCAAUCAGCAGGAUGACUAGUAGCACUCUUAAAGACCCAUGCACCUGAUCUCUUGUGGGCACCAAAUAAUAAAACCUUUGGACCUCCGUGAA